ACCACCAUUCAACAACGCACACAUACUUUCAGAAACCAGCAAGAAAGAGCACACACACACAAAGGAAAGGGAAGAUGGCAGGCAUUUGGAUUUGGAUGCUGAUGAUGGCUAUGGUGGCUGGAAACCAUGCUGCUGUUUUCGAUGUUAAGAGUUAUGGUGCCAAGGCCGACGGCAAGUCCGAUGAUAGCAAGGCGAUCCUGGAUGCCUGGAAAGCGGCGUGCAAUUCGGGGCAGGCGAGCAAUGUUUUGAUCCCAAAAGGAACCUAUAUGGUUGGUUCGAUGAUAAUGGAGGGUCCCUGUAAAGCUCCGAUUACAAUCGAAGCGAAUAAAGCCCGAUUCGUUGCCCCGAUUAACCCGAACCAAUUGAGGGCGCGUAAUGGUUGGAUCAACUUCGUAGGCAUAGACAGGUUUGGCCUCCAAGGAGGAAGGUUUGAUGGGCAAGGAGAGCUCGCCUGGCACCAGAACAACUGUGUGGGAACAGGAAAAUGUGGUUCCAUGCCUAUUAAUUUGAGCUUCAACAGAAUCACCAACGCUCUGAUCCACUCCAUCACAUCCUACGAUAGCAAGCAAUACCACAUUGACGUGUUGAGCUGCAAGAACGUGACAUUCCGAAGCAUCAGAAUCUCGGCUCCAGACCAAAGCCUGAACACGGACGGCAUACACAUCGUGCGUUCGAGCGGGAUCAACGUGACCGAGGCUGACAUAAAAACUGGCGACGACUGUGUGUCCGUGGGCGACGGCAGCCAACAGGUGAACAUAGAGAAAGUGAAGUGCGGGCCGGGCCACGGCAUCGCCAUCGGAAGCCUGGGCAAGUACAACAACGAAGAACCAGUGGUUGGAGUAACAGUGAAGAAUUGCACCAUCACCCACACUAUGAGUGGAGUGAGGGUGGAGACAUGGCCUGCUUCUCCUUCAGAGGGUGUAGCACGUGACUUGCACUUUCAGAACAUCGUCAUGAACAACGUUAGCACACCUAUUUCGAUCGAUCAAGAAUAUUGCCCUUACAAGUGCGACAAAAAGGUGCCGUCGCGUGUUAAGAUCAGUGACGUCAGUUUCGACGAUAUUCGGGGAACAUCGGCAAGCAAAGUGGCAGUGAGGCUUCGAUGCAGCAGUGCGAGUCCAUGCGAGAAUGUGGGGUUGAGUAACAUAAAUCUGGCCUAUCAUGGAAGCGAUGGAAAAGCCACAUCUGAAUGUGCCAAUGUGAAGCCAAAAGUGACAGGGCAGCUGUUCCCUCCAGCUUGUGCAGUUUCCUCUGCUUGAAUCAAUAAUCGUACACCGAUUGCAUGAUGAGUUGGUUGGUGUGAGACUCUGUGUCUAGUUAUUUUGCUGUUCAUUCUUCUGGUUUUACAAAUAGUUUUGUAGAAUUUCUGAAAAUAAAAUACAUCAAUGUACGUCUUUCUUGGCAUUA